AUGGCUGUCACCAUCGAAGCUGGCGUGGUCAGGCACCGGAUCCAGGACAUGGACAUUCCGGAGGUGGACUUCGGUACUUUCCUCUGGAACGUCUGCGAGCAGUAUGGGAAUCGCACUGCCGUGACGGUGGCGGACGGCACCAGCUGCAGCUACGGCCAGCUGCUCGACGGGUGGCUUCGCGUGGCGGAGGCGCUCGAGCGGCGCGGCUUCGGGCCCGGACAGCGGGCGUGCGUGCACGCCGCUAACAGCGCCGACCUGCUGCUGGCCAUCGGCGGCGCGUUGUUCGCCGGGGGCGCCGUCGUCUUCUCCAAGGCAGUCAUGACGCCCCGAGAGUUUCGGAAACAAAUAGAAGAAACGUGCCCCAGCUUCAUCUUCUGCGAUGUUGGCAACUCAGACAAGUGCAAAGAAGCGCGCGCCGUUGCGCCUUCAGUAAAGCACGUCGUAGUCUUCGGCGAGGUGGGAGGCCUGGUCAGCUUCUCGAAGCUGCUGAGGGAUGCUCGGCCGCUCGAAUGCCGCGCGCCGCGCGGCGCGGCCACCGACGCCAUGAUGGGCGCCUUCUACUCGAGCGGCACCACGGGCGUGGCCAAGCGGGUAGCCAUCUCGCACCGUCAGUGGAUCGCCCAGCUGCUGGCCACCAGGGAGCAGGCGGCUGGCCAGGUGGGACCAGAGGACCUGGUGUUGUGUGCGGCCUCGCUGACGCACAUCAGCGGUUUCUGGCUGUGCUGCAGUUGCCUGACGCUGGGCGUCCCGCUGCUCCUUCUGCCGUCGUUCGACCCCGCCCUGCUCGUGCCGGCAGUGCGCAAACGUAAAGUUUCUACCAUCAUGAUAUAUCCAUCUUACCUGAGAAGUCUCAUCGACAGUGCGCCAUCAGACGCUUUCGAAAGCGUCGACAAGAUGUUCAUUGGCGGAAGCACCGCCCCUGUAUCGCUGUUACAUGAGGCGCAAGACAAGUUCGGUUUCAAGUUUAUAUCACAAGGUUACGGUCUCACCGAAGCUUGUGGCAGCGUGACAUCUACGGGACUGAAGAGUUGCGGAUUCGGGAGCGUGGGGAAGCCAGUUCCAAUGGUACAGCUGAAAGUGAUCGAUUCAAGAACCGGAACGAAGCUCGGCGUCGGAGAAAAAGGCGAAAUAUGCGUCAAAGCGCCGUUCACUUUCAUGGGCUACGUGAACAAGCCACAGGAGACGGCCGCUACGUACGACGACGAGGGCUUCGUUCGAACAGGAGACGUGGGUUUCUACGACGGCGAGGGCAACGUGUACGUGACGGGCCGGCUGAAAGAGCUCAUCAAGUGCAUGGAGCUGCAGAUCGAGCCAGCCGAGAUCGAGCGGCUGCUGCUGCGGGACCCUGCCGUGCGGGAGGCGCUCGUGGUGGGCGUGCCGCACGAACGGUUCGGCGAAGCAGCGCGCGCCUUCGUCGUCCUACGCGACGGCAGUGCGGCCGCCGCCGGAGACGCCGAGGACAGACUGCGGCGAGCGGUGGCUGAGGUGCUACCGAGCCACGAGCACUUGCACGGAGGAAUCGAGUUUGUGGACCACAUACCAAAGUCCGAGACAGGCAAGAGCAUUCGUGCAGCUCUCAGGGAUGCGCACAUCCGAAGGCAGCUUUCUAUGAGGCAGUGAAACAUACAAGCUGGCCUCCGUUCAUCGCAUAUAUUCAUCUGAAAUACAGAUGCACGGAAUGCCUCAAGAGAAAAACCAUGUUUACGUGCUAAUCACAGCUUCUGACAGUACAGCGAACGAACUGGAUCCGCAGUGCUGUGAGCGCGGUCCUUUACUUCAAUCAAUCGGUCAGAAUUUUCACCGCAUAGUUGUCCCCUAAUUGCUGCGACUUCUGUUUUAGAAAAUUUGAUGGAGACGCUGUGCACUGCUUUACGUAGCUGGCCGAACGCCCAAUUGAUAGCAGCGUGUACAUACAUUCCGACGUAACAGAGUGAGCAGCCUCGCCCAGCUUUCAAGACACAAUGUUGCGACCGUACGCUUAUUUGCAAAGGCGAAAACGCGAUUGGAAACAAUAAAUAACCCAAACCAAAAUGGUAAAACAUUUGCAAUAAACUUUUUUU